AUGACAGUUGACUACCCUAAAGAAUUUCAAGGCUUUGCCAUUAACGAUCCAAAGGACUGGGAUCACCCAAAAUUGACUAAAUUUGAGCCAAAGAAAUUUGAUGCACAUGACGUUGAUAUUGAGGUUGAAUGCUGUGGUAUCUGUGCAAGUGAGUUAUUUUCGUUAAAAAAUGAAUGGUCUUCUGAACCUUUAACAUGCAUGACAAGUUCUUACGGACCCAAAUCACAAGUUGUUGGUCAUGAAGUUGUUGGUAAGGUGGUUGCAGUUGGUGACAAAGUUUCUCUUUGUAAAGUUGGUGACAGAAUCGGUCUAGGUGCCCAGGCUUCUUCUUGUAUGUCAUGUCCUCGUUGUCAUGGUAACAACGAACAGUACUGUGCCAAGAGUGUCACAACAUACUGUUCCAAGUACGAAGACGGUUACGUUUCUCAAGGUGGUUAUGCAUCUCACGUGAGAGCUCAUGAACAAUUCUGUUUCCCAGUUCCUGAGGAAAUUGAGUCUGAAUACGUGGCGCCAUUGAUGUGUGGUGGUUUGACCGUUUAUUCACCAAUCAAGCGUAGCAUUCAAGGUUCUAAAGAACCACGUGUGGGUGUUAUUGGUAUCGGUGGUCUAGGUCACAUGGCCAUUAUGAUUUCUAAGGCUUUGGGAGCACAUGUGGUUGCUUUCUCUAGAUCAAAUAGAAAGAGGGCAGACGCAGAGAAGAUGGGAGCUGAUGCCUUUGUGGCGACCGGUGAAGAAAAGGAUUGGUCUGAACGUUAUAUGGAUCAAUUCGAUUUGAUUCUAAACUGUGCUUCUUCAACUUCAGAAUUAGAUUUGGAUUCAUUUUUGAGAGUUUUACGUGUUAACAAGAACUUCGUCUCUGUUGGUUUGCCAGAGAAGGAUGAUAGAUUCAACUUGUCACCCUUGACAUUUAUGGGCAAUGGUGCUACUGUCGGUGUUUCUAAAUUAGGUUCUAGACAAGAGGCAGUUGAAUUGUUAGAUCUUGCCGCCAAGCAUGGCUUCAGACCAUGGGUUGAAACUAUUAAGCUUAGUGAAGCAGGUGUUCAUGAAGGUUUAACUAGAUUGGACGCAGGUGACGUUAGAUACAGAUUCGCUUUGGUUGGUUUCAACGAGUUUUUCGGUACUGGUAAAUAA